AUAUAGAUACUGCAGCAAGCACAAUUAAGCAUUUAAGCUGAAGAAGUAGUUCAGACUUGUACACUAUUAGUGAAACACGCAUCAGUAUAGGAAAUGGCUGCAGAAGAUGAGCUGAAGCUCCUGGGAUUUUGGGCGAGCCCCUACGUUUGCAGAGUGAAGCUCGCACUCCACCUCAAAGGCCUGAUCUACGACUAUGUCAAGGAGGAUGUCUUCACCAACAAGAGCGAGCUCCUCCUCAGCUGCAACCCGGUGCACGCGAAGGUCCCCGUGCUCAUCCACAACGGCAAGCCCAUCUGCGAGUCGCAGGUCAUCGUACAAUACAUCGACGAGGUCUUCCCCGACGCCGGCGUCACCCUCCUCCCCGCCGACCCCCACGAUCGCGCCGCCGCUCGCUUCUGGGCCGCCUACAUCGACGACAAGCUACUGCCCCCGUGGGUGCACGCGUACAGGGGAAAGACGGACGAGGAGAAGGCCGAGAGGAUGAAGCAGACGCUUGCGGUGGUCGACGCGCUGGAGACGGCGAUGGAGGAGUGCUCCAAGGGGAACGCCUUCUUCGGCGGCGACACCGUCGGGUACGUCGACGUCGCGCUGGGGGGCUUGCUCUCCUGGUUGCACGGGACCGAGGAGCUGUGUGGCGCCAAGAUCUUGGACGCCGCCAAGACCCCGCUCCUGUCGGCGUGGGCGCGGCGCUUCGGCGAGCUGGAUGCAGCCAACGCGGCGCUGCCGGACGUCGGCAGGUUGGUCGAGUUUUGCAAGAUGAGGCAUGUCGAGCUGGAGGCUGCAGAGGCAGCAGCUGCGCGCCUGAUACUGCCGGACUUGGUCGGAUCGGAGAUGGCCGGAGGAGGAGAUGAGCUGAAGCUUCUUGCGACAUGGUUCAGCCCGUUCGCUUCCAGAGUGAAGUUCGUGUUCCAUCUCAAGGGCCUGAGCUACGAGAACAUCGAGGAGGACCUCAAGAACAAGAGCGAGCUCCUCCUCAAGAGCAACCCCGUGAUCAAGAAGGUCCCCGUGCUCCUCCACAACGGCAAGCCGCUGUGCGAGUCCAUGGUCAUCGUCGAGUACCUCGAUGAGACCUUCGCCGCCGUCGGCCCGUCCGUCGUCCCCGCCGACCCCUACGAACGCGCCGUCGCUCGCUUCUGGGUCUCCUACAUCGACAACAAGCUGGUGGCGCCAUGGUUCCAGGUGUUCAGGGGAAAGACGAAGGAGGAGAAGGCGGAGGGGCUGAAGCAGAUGUUCGAGGCAACGGCGGUCAUGGAGGUGGCAUUCAGGGAGUGCUCCAAGGGGAGGCCCUUCUUCGGCGGCGACGCCGUCGGGAUCGUCGACGUCGCGCUCGGCAGCCAGCUUGGGUGGCUGCGCGCGUCGGAGACGCUGUCCGGGAUCAAGCUGUUCGACCCGGCCAAGACGCCGCUCCUGCUGGCGUGGGCGGAGCGCUUCCUCGCGCUGGACGCGGCGAAGGCGUCCAUGCCGGAGUCCGGUAGGCUGCUCGCGUAUGCCAAGAUGAGGCAGGCCGAGACCGAUGCCGCCAAUGCAAGCAAGUGAUCACCUGCGAGCUGCGACGUCGCUCUACUGCGAGGAACGAACCCCUGCACAUGUUUUUUUGGGGGGAAUCGAGUUAAAAUAAUAUGGCACGUGCACGGUGGUGGCACGACUGUUGCACGACUGGAAAUUGUGUUUUCCUAUGACCAAUAAAAUAAAAUAUUCUGCACACAAAAUAAAAAGGCGACAGACCUUAAAAAAUGAACAUGCCAAAAGGUUGACACUUAAACAAA